GCAGUCUGCUAUGGGCUUUGAAUACAAAGGAGAUGUGCAGCAACAUGCAUCUCAGAAAGAUUACUCAAAGGGAUUUGGAGGAAAAUACGGCGUGGAGAAGGAAAAAGUGGAUAAGGCCGCUUUGGGGUACGACUAUAAAGGCCAGACGGAGAAGCACCAGUCACAAAAAGACUACGCUAAGGGCUUUGGAGGGAAGUACGGGGUGGAGAAGGACAAGGUGGACAAAGCUGCUUUGGGGUAUGACUAUAAAGGAGAAACAGAGAAACAUCAGUCACAGAAAGAUUAUUCCGCAGGUUUUGGGGGUCGUUAUGGAGUUCAGGAAGACCGCAUGGAUAAG